AUGGCUACUACAAUCAGUAAACCUUGCAACAAAAUACCAUUUGAAUUAUUUUGUCGAGUAUGUGAAGACAUUUAUAAUGCUAAAAAUGAAAAGAAAGUCCUGAUUCUAGAAAAAUUCAUUAGUAAAUGUCGAGGGUCAAUUGAGAAAAGUGACAACUUAAAUAUAGAAGAUACAUUUUAUCCAGCAUUAAGAUUACUGUUACCUGUAUCAGACAAACAAAGGGGUGCGUACGGAGUUAAAGAAGCUGCUUUAGGAAAGUUGUAUGUAAAAAUACUAUGCCUUGCAAAAGACAGUCCAGAUGCUCAAAAGCUUUUGAAUUUCAGGGUGCCAAAAGUUUCUGGGUCUACAGCUGGAGACUUUGCUGAAACUCUGUAUUGGGUUAUAAGAAGUCGAUUCGAAGACAAUGGUUCAAUGACUAUAGCUGAUAUUAACCAAAUAUUGGAUGAAAUAGCCUUGAAACAUGCUACCAAUGAAUCAAGAGAAGUGGAACAAAUAUUACAAUCAAUGCUAUUAAAAGUCAGUGCUAUUGAGCAAAAAUGGUUAAUUCGUCUACUAUUAAAAGAUAUGCGCUUGGGUCUUGCGCAUACAAAAAUAUUAAAGGCAUAUCAUGAUGAUGCCAACGAUUUAUAUGAUGUUUGCAAUGAUUUAAGAAAAGUAUGCAAAAUGCUUAAUAACCCAUCGGUGGUUUUGCAUGAAAUAUCUGUUAAUUUAUUUGAACCUUUUUGCCCAAUGCUAAGCCAACGCUGUGAAAUUACUGAUGACAGUAAAAUAAAUAAGACAAUUAAGAAUGAAGAUUUAUUUGUUGACAUUAAAUUGGAUGGUGAAAGAUUUCAACUUCAUUGGUCUAAAGAAAAUAAUAUUUUUAAAUAUUUUUCCAGAAGAGGCAAUGACUAUACAGAUACAUAUGGUUGUAAUGAUGUUAAUGGUGUUCUGAGCCCAGUAUUAUCAAAACAAUUUAAAUCCGAUGUAAAGAAUUGCAUCUUAGACGGUGAGAUGAUGUGUUAUAACACUAAGUACAAAUCAUUUUCUACAAAAGCCAUGAAUAUUGAUGUAAAAAAAUUAAGAAUAGGGAAUACACAUCAACCAUGUUUUUGUGUAUUUGAUAUUCUCUAUUAUAAUGAUCGAGUAAUUACUAACCUUCCAUUGGAAAAACGAUUAGAUAUUUUAAAUACAAUAUUUGAACCAUUAGAAGGGGUUUUUGUGCAUACCACUCGACAUAAAGCAAAAAAAAAUGAAUUAAUGAAAUAUCUCAAUGAUGCAAUUGAUAACCAUGAAGAGGGCAUUGUAGUCAAAGAUCCAUUAUCAAUUUAUAAGCCAAAUUCACGAAAUGCAGGAUGGUAUAAAAUUAAACCAGAAUAUACAGAUGGUGCACUCAUUGAAUUAGACCUUUUAAUUAUCGGCGGAUACUAUGGUGAAGGUAAAAAACGAGGUGUGGUUAGCCAUUUCCUUAUGGGUCUUUUAGAAAAAGAUGGUGAAUCAUUUAAAUGUUCUGCUAUCAGUCGAGUUAGUUCAGGGUUUUCAACAGAAGAACUAGCCGAUUUAUCGAAAAAAUUGUCUUCUCACUGGAAAAGAGUUUACCCUGGAAAGAUGCCACCAAACAUUGAGUGGGGUAAAGAAAAGCCAGACCUUUGGAUUGAACCUGAAUCAUCAGUUAUUGUACAGGUAAAAGCAACAGAAAUUAUGACAAGCCACACUUUUAAAAGUAAAAUAACAUUACGUUUUCCACGAAUCGAAAGAGUUCGUUACGACAAACCGUGGCAUGACUGUCUGACCGUUAACGAAUUUGAGUCUAUAAUCAAGCAAACAGAGGGAAAGUUGUAUACCUCAAAUAUUGAUGAAACAAAUUCUUCAGGAAAAAUUAAAAAAAACCGUGUGACAUUAACCGUUGAUAAAAAAUUUCUCGGCCCAAAUAUAAGAGAUGUCAAAUCUAUUAAUAAUAUGUUUGAAGACAAAGAAUUUUGUGUCCUCAAUGAUAGUGAAACUUUGAACAAGAGUGAAAUCGAGAAAAAGAUUCUUGAAUAUGGUGGUCGAGUUGUACAAAACCCUGGCAACGAUACUUUUUGUGUUCUUGCCAACAAUAUCAAACAUAUAAGGGCACAUGCAAUAAAAUUAUCAGGAAAACAUAGUAUAAUAAGUACAAAAUGGAUACUGUCAUGUUUUAUUGACAAUGAAUUUCUUAACUGGACACCCGAAAACGUUUUGUUUUUAUCCAAGGAACAUCAGCUAUUAAUGGAUGAAAACUUUGAUCAGUAUGGUGACAGUUAUACAGAAUUAGCUACUGUUGAAACAUUACGCCGUGCAAUGGAUCGAGUUGAACUAGAUGACGAUUUAGUCAACACAGAAGUUGAUGCUUUUUUGGAAUUCCAAAACGAACUCUUUAAUGAAGAACAAUGUUUCAAAAUUUUUGAAAAAUGCCAAGUCUAUUUUGAUGAUUUAAAUUUAGAAAAUUUGCCUGUCAGAAAUUUCCACACAAACACAGUGUUGGAAAUGCUGAUAUUUAAAUUUAAUGGAGGCACAGUCUGUAAAAAUAUUGAUAGCAAUACUACUCAUGUUGUGAUUCAUUCAAGUAAUAAAAAUAACGUUAAUAAAUAUCAAACGAUGAAAAGAGAUCAGAACCAAGCAUUUGAAAUUGUUGAUGAGAACUGGAUUACACAAAAAAUAAAAUGGUAG